GCGGCUGGGCGAUAACAAGAAGUGGUGAAAAUGAAAAUAUUUGAUGUAUGUGUGUUAUAUUAGCCGAAAUGCUAACUGAACAGUAUAACGAAAGGCUUGCUGCUCUAAGGUAUCUACUUGAUAUGGCCCAGUUCCAUUUACAACUAAAUAUGUUUCAGCACUGCGACAUUCAAUAUUAGCUGGCUGUCAUCGAUAACGGCCACAAUCGAUAACUCCAUUGUUUAUUCCAGGGCGCAAAUUUGUAAAUUUAACUAAAUGGGCUCACGUCAACUUCACUUCGCCGUAUUUGGCCCGUGCGGCUUUGAGGCGGACACGCUGGUGGAGAUUUCCGGUAGCGGGAACAGUGGCAAAAGCCUGGUGCUCCAACAAUUGGUAGCCCACUGCUUGGCGCCCUACAAAUUCGGUGGUCGCCAGUGGAGCGUCGUGCUGAUCAAUCUGAGUCACAAAAUCAGCCGGGAAUCUCUGGCCAAGAGCAUUAAAAUGGAGCUGAAGGCGUACUCUGUCGGAGAAGAGGUCGCUGAGAAAUGCCCCACGGAGGAGCAGCUGGCCGAGAUUGCCGCCGAAUGCGUGAGUCGCGUGCGAUUCCUCAACUGUUUCUCGAAUGAUGAUGUUUCCACCUCCCUUAUUGAUGCCCGCUAUGCGAUCAUCAAUGAUCCUGCCAUACAACUGGUUGCCAUGGACACACUCAGCGAAUUCUACUGGCUGGACGAGCUUAAGAUAACCAAGAGAAUGUCCAUGUAUCGCCACUAUCGACUGCUCCAGGCGCGCCUGGAGAAGCUCUGCAAAGACGCCAUCGUCUGCGGAAUCUACACGGUGGAGUCCGCCUUCCUGGAGAACCGCUUCGGCGAUAACCUGCCCGAGGCGAGCAUAAAGUACCAUGUCAGGAUGCAGAAGAUUCAAAGCCAGAUCCUCCUGAAUGGACUGCCGCUGUCCUUUAGCAAUGGAGUUCAUUUGGAUGCAAGCACAAAAUGAUCCUACGAACUGAAAAACUUCAAGAAUUGUAUAUCGCUUGUCUAUUUCAGUAUAAAAAUAGGUUUCUUUUGGAUGUUAUAAAUGGAACUCGUUAUCCAGUCUGUGUUAAACAAUUUCAGGGCAAAUGAAAGGUAAAGAAAGAGGAUGAUUAAGAGCAACUAUUUGAGGUAAACGAAUGGGAUUUGGCCACUAUGUGUUAGUUUGAAAAAAAGGUUAUUACUCCCAUGUUAUUUAGAUAGUUACAAGAGCAAAUAUACAUUAUUUCGGCCCGUGAUAUCUUCCUUGUUUAGCCGUUCGAACAAAGGGAAU